CGUCAGGCUGAUGAUGCAGACGCGCUCCGCAGCUUCACUUUGAGCACUUCAUUGUGUUCGUGCAAUGAAACUCAUGUAUGUGUCCCUCACCACAGACCAGUUCACGCCAAAUCUGAAGCGCAGAUUGAUAGUCGCAGAAGGAUUCAUCUCGCAUUAGUCCAUCCUGGAUCGGAUUACGUGUUAAAUCCUCUGCGCUGGGAUUCAGUUUUGCUCCUCUGAAGAUGCCCGCUUGUGGAUCGCAGAUUGGGGACUUUCGCGGAAUUAAACGAGCUAAAGUUGACCUCUUCUCCCUGGAGUUUUUGACUGUGCCACACAUACCUAACUAAUCAUUCUGAUGGAUUUCUGCAGGACGACAAGAACUUCAGAUUUAAUGCCUUUUGUGAUCUAUUGGAGGCAUUAGUAUAUGUGGAAGCCAAUGGUCAUCAAAACCGUGUGGUUAACAGCGUUGUUCAGUAGAUCUUCUUUAAAGUCCACAGAAGCAAGAAAGUCAUUCAAGUUUAGAAGAACAUGAGGGCUGUGUGGUGAUAGCUGAAGCCUUCCUAUGAGGUGUGCAUACUGGUGUGGACCCCCAGCUCCCCUCCCAGUGCCAGCAGCAGGACUAAGGGAUGUCACAAAUAUUCCUCCUUCUGACCCUGCUCAGUUUCUCCUCCUGCAUCCAGGUGUCAUCAACUACAUCCCUCAAAACUUUGAUGGCAAGAUGGAUGAUGUACCGAGAUGAAUGUUUUCGAAAUAUCAGCAGAGAACCACCGAUGGCAGGUCUUGUGUGCAACAGAACAUUUGAUAAGUAUGCCUGCUGGCCAGAUGCACUGCCCAAUACUACAGUGAGUGUGGCCUGCCCCUGGUACCUGCCCUGGCACAAGGAAGUCCGACAUGGGUUCGUGUAUCUGGAGUGUGAUGCAGACGGACAGUAUAGCAAACAGAAGAAUGCCAGCGAAUGUCUAUCACGUGACCCCACACAAAUCAACAUGCAACACUACGGACGGAUCCUCAGUCAGUUCCGGACCAUGUACACCAUUGGAUAUUCCCUGUCUCUUGCGGCGCUGGUGCUGGCAUUGGCUAUUCUGGUGGCCUUUAGGAAGCUGCACUGCAUGAGAAACAACAUCCACAUGAACUUGUUUGCCUCCUUCAUCCUGCGAGCCUCUUCUAUUCUCAUCAAAGAUGCCAUGUUGGAAAGGCCUGAUGGCUUCCAUGUUGGUCAGGACAUCCCCACAGAACUGGAGGUGGAGUUGCUGGUUAAAAACGAGACGGCGAUCGGCUGCAGGGUUGCAAUGGUGAUGAUGCAGUACAGCAUACUGGCCAACAACUACUGGCUGCUGGUGGAGGGCAUCUACCUGCACAGCCUUCUGGUCAUCACAGUCUUGACGGAGAGGAAUUACUUCGCCAUCUAUCAGUGUAUCGGCUGGGGUGCCCCUCUGAUAUAUGUGUUGCCUUGGGUGAUCGUGAAGUACUUGUACGAGAAUGAAGAAUGCUGGGUGCAGAAUAUUAACAUGGAGUACUGGUGGAUUAUUCGUUCGCCGAUCCUGCUGGCCGUGUUGAUUAACUUUUUCAUCUUCAUACACAUUAUCAAGAUCCUUGUGUCCAAACUGAGGGCGCACCAAAUGAGAUAUUCUGACUACAAACUCCGGCUUGCCAAGUCAACACUCACCCUGAUUCCGUUACUGGGGAUCCAUUCGGUCCUGUUUUCAUUUGUUACUGAUGAGUCUACCUCACAUGGUGCUCUAUCCCUGCGCCUCACAAAGCUAUUUAUCGACCUAUUUUUCAACUCCUUCCAGGGGCUGCUGGUAGCCAUAUUAUAUUGCUUUGUCAACAAGGAGGUUCAGUCUGAGAUUCUGAAGAAAUGGAGACGUUGGAAGCUUGGGAGGGACAUAGAGGAGGAGUACCGUCACACCUACAGCCAGUCCCUUCAAAUGAAGAGUGGCAGCAUCAUGGUCCCUCCUUCCAACCUCUCGCGGCUGCCUGAUAUCGCUACCACUACCUCCCGGCUCGGCAGUCCAGAAGAGAAGCAGAUGCUGGUGUCCCACAGCCAGAAUGGUAUGGGUACUGGAUUGCAGUUCACCUCCACACCACAAGAUAGUUCCACCUGCAGUUCGAUAACAGAGGACAUAGUGAUGGUGGACAGAGGAAAGUGUUGUAGCGUUCAACAGGACAGCAACCUGUGAGCUCCAAAUGUCUUGAAAAGAAGACCCUUGGGCCAGCCACCCUUGCAUCUUCUGGCAGAGUUCCCUGAAGCAAGGAGCAAGAGGCGUAUGAAUGUGUACGUGUUUAUGUGUGAGUUUGUGAAAGCACUGUCCUCUCUGAAGGACACAUGAUGGACACGCGUUCAUCUCAUUACAUGGUGCUCAGUUGACACUGUCCCAGUCCUACAGGAUCAGCGUUGAGCAGAAGGUGGACAAGAUGUUAAAGAUUUGCACAAAUGUACAUGCUAACAACUCAAUGAUGAAGAACAGAGUCUUACCUCUAGUCUUAUAUGGCUGUCUGUGAUGUUGAUGAUUUAGUUGAGAAAUCCCAUUGGGACUGCAGGGUCCAAGAGGAACUAUCACAAGAAAACAUCUACUGUACAACCAGCGCCUCUGGAUGAACGAGAGAUUAAGAAAGAGAUACAUUUAACUGAACUUGUCAAAAUGUUGACUAAACCAGGUAAUGUAUUCCAGAGUGAAUAAUCUCCAUGUAAACCGAAGGACCCCACAUGAAAAGGCCAACUUUGACCUGAAUUUCCAUACAGGUUUAUGCUAAUAUGUUCUCGAUGGACUAGCAAAGCCAAAAAUGGUUAAAGCUGAUUGGUCAAGGACAUUCUGCUGGUUAAGUAAGCAAAGAAGCCUUGUGGUGACACCAACACACCAGCAUUUUUGUUUGCAUAUAUUUUGGAAUCAAUUGACACUUUUGGGUACAUGUAACACGUAAAGCUGUUUUUGUGUAGUUUAAUUGCAACCAUCUUUGUCUAUGUUAGAAAUUAAUUGCCAAGCUAAGGUAUAGAUAUAGACUGAUCAAGUAUUGACAGGUAUUACCCAUGUGCCUUUUUCUGACCCCAAUAUUAAAACAAAAACAGAAAGAUUCACCUUGCAGAGUAAGUGAAGUACAAAUCAGUCACCCAAUCUUCAGAAGUUAAAGUUGCUUAAAGCAGAUUCUGUAUAACGAACAGGAUCUCAAGCAAACAUUAGAUGAAUGUGCCACUAUUAAUCAUGACGAUUUGCUCCCUUGAAGGAAAUAUGCUUGGUAUAUUCAAGCAUGCAAAAUACAGCCAUAUGUGAAAUGCUUUAAAGGGUCUGGGUCAAUGCCUUAAUUGAGUAGCGUGACAGAUCUGAUUCCCCUGCGUCAGCGGUCAGAGGAGAUGACUAUCCACCAGAAAUGUUGAUAUGGUCAAGAGUCAGUAUUAGUGAGCAACUGCUUCUUCUCUCGCAUACUUCUCAUCUCCCAGUAGGCAUUCAAAUUCUUUGCCAUAGAGCUUUGAAAGAUGUUCAGGAUGUGUAGGAGGAACUGCAAGGACAAAAUUAAGAACAAAUUGCAACCUUAAGACAUCGAUCAAAAUGGUUCCUCACUCAGAGGUUGUUUAUCAUGCUCAGUUCAAGAUACGAUAUGCUAUUCAAAAAAAUACGCAACCGCAAGACACUGAAAUGAGAUUGCAGCGAAGUGUAGAGCUGAAGUAAAUAAUUUCUAUGACAUUAGCGCCAGCAAAUCUGUUUGUUUGAGUGGCCCAGCUGAGCCAUAACAAUUAGAAAGCAUUUGGGGUGGGACUUUUUGUUUUAACCAUAGGGUUAAGGUUUGGUUGGGUAAUAUUAGCAGUUAAGCGCUGCUGGUAGAUGCUGUGACUACACAAUUAUAGAGGCAGAAAUCAUAUUUCCUCACUGACGACCUUACAUGUAGAGUAACUACAUUUAAGUUAAAUGAGAAUACUAACAGAUGGGUUUUCUCAAUUAUUGAAAUAUAGAAAGUCCCUUAUGAAAAUAAAUGUUGUACACUUUUGUUUAGUGUCACUAAUGACGUAUAAAUUACAUACUUCACCUUUAAUGACAAUGAGCAGCUGAUGCCCCAUAUUGUGGCAUUUGUGUGCAUUAAGAUGCACAUUUAUAUUUUCUUUAGAUCAUCAAACGCAUGAUGAUAAUGAUUUUCGCUGAUAACUGUUAGGGGCAAUUUGCACAGUUUUAAUUUAUAAUUGUUAAAUAUGUAGAUAUCGGUAAAUGCCUGUUGAGAUUUGUCAUGACUUUGUUUUGUGGUGUCUGUUAUUUGUGCACAAGGUGUGUAUUUGGUGCUUGUGUGUGCUUCGUGGAGAGUGAGAGAAACAUCUAGGUCCUGGUUAAGUGUUCAGUAAACUAAAAAAGAUUAAUUACUGACAUUUUUUUACCAAUUUUGCAUUUUGAGUGAGAGAUAAUUCAGUCCUUCUGUGGUAAUUGUGAGACCGUAGUGGCUAAUUUAUAAUAACUGCAGAUGAAAGACUCUUUAGUGCUUACAAAGUGCUAAACAUUGCAAAAUCCAGUUGGACAUUUUUUUCAAAAAUGGGAAAUACUUCAUCGCCACAAGGGAUCAAAGACCAUGAACUUAUUUGUCACGAGGUCGUCUGCCAAAACAAAACCUCCUGUUGAAUAUUUCAAACAGAUUUUCCAAAAUUGACAUCAUGUAAUGUUAUCCAAGGAUGAGAGUAAUCGUGGAAGUCGAUAAAUCAUUCAUCCAUGGGUCUGCCUUCUAUUUCCAUGUGAGUGUAAGGCCUCUGUUUCUUGCAGCCAAACUGAAGUGAUGCCAGAUUCUUCAGUGAGGGAGGCAAAGCGUCUGUUAUGCUCAUCUCUCUGCAUUCAAACUUCAGAGCCUCUUGAAAUAUCUAGAAAUGAACCUGCCAAGAGUAUCCCAGGAGAACCCGAGCCAUGCUUUGAAAGCAGGAGAGAUGGAAAGCUGAACAUGCAUUGGAUGAACUGAACCCAUUAUUUUUAAUUAUGUGAAUGGUAAUGAUGUUGCAUCAAAUUAUGGUAUUUUAAAACUGUCAAAACUUAUAUUGAUGUAUAUAUAGAAAUAGCUUACUCAAAUAUGAAAAAAAAAAAAAUCAUUCAUUUAUAAUGUUUUUCCGUCCCUGUAUUAUUUCUUUAUCAACAGAAAAGGACAGACCAAAAAUUUAAGUCGUUGUGACAAUCUUACCCUUUUGCUGUGGCUUUUAAAUCUCAUGAUGGGUGGAAAUCAAUGAUGUCAGAUUGUCAUAAAAUUUGUUUCUCACCUAAAUUUGUUCCUGACUUAGUUCAAACAUCAUAUCGACAUAUCUUUGGUGCUUUGCAGUACAGAUGUCUAAUAUCUCAUUUUAAAUGUCAUGGAAUGAUUUGACAAAAUUGACAGAUCUUUUACGUUUUCAAGCGAACUUUUCCUUUAAAUUCAGUCUGUUGGCGAGAAAUCAAAAACAUGCUAAUAGUUAUAAUAAUUUUCUUUCAAGAAAAUGUCAUAAAAUAUUCUGUUUGCCCCUAAAAAAAAGACAAAAAAAAAAAGAAAAAUAUUGACUAUAGUGUCUUUGGUUGAAUGUAUUGAUUAUCUCUUGGUAAGAAUUCCCAACUUUAUUAUUAUUAUUAUUAUUAUUAUUAUUAUUAUUAUUAUUAUUAUUAUUAUUAUUAUUAUUUAAUUUAUCACAGUGUUUGUGUUUUAUAGUAGACCUCAGCUACAUUGCAAAUGACUGAUGCAAUAUAGACAAUCUAGAACACUCCCAUUAUAAUCAAAUAUAAUGUCUACACUUUCUACUCAUUGUAAUGGGUGUGUUCUAGUUUUGUGUUGUGUAGUUGGCUUGCUAUGUAGACGGGCUGCUGAUACGGUUGGCCAGACGUGGAGCCAGAACUGACAGAGAAGGCCUGCCAUGCUAUAGAUUAAAAUAUGUGCUUGUGCAAUGUCUUUUGAUUAAUUAUGGUAUCAAGAUGGUGAAUAAAUAAAUUUAAUUUAAAAAAAAA